AAGGCUGAAACUGCAGAGCAUUUCACCAUCAGAACUGGGCAUCAGGGCUUGGCGCUGUGCUCUCAGCGUCGAAGCAAGAGGGACACCACACAGGCCGAGUGAGGGUGCAGAGAGGUCAGGCAAAGGUUAGGCAAAAUGCAGGACGAAUCAGAGCUGGAAUUGCUGAAGGGAUCCACCCACCUAAGCUAAAACUGCAGAUAUAAAUGCACGGAGUCAUAGCAUGGUUGUAACACCAAAGGAGGCCAUAUUUGACCUCACGACAAUUCUGGCCCUCGACAAUAGCAACUAAGUUUCACUCCCUCGUCUUUUCCCCGUGGCCCCGCAAUCUUUGUCUCAGAUAAUGAUCCACUUCCUUUUGAGUGCUGCGAUCUAAUGUCCACUUCAUACAACCGAAACAAGUCCAGGAGAUUGCGUGGAUCCUGUGAACAUUUACAGUUCAGCCUCGUACAGUCUCUGCCCUGGCCUGGAGUCGGCCGAGCUCCUUCUUACAGGCAGUCAGCAGGUGCCACAUCAAUGCGUUUCAGGAACAAAAGAGUCUAUCGCUCAACGUCUAAAUGAUUCUCACGAGAGACGUGGCUCCAGUCUGCUGCAAUUACAAAGGCUGGAGUAAUCCGGUUCCCUGAUGGUCCUGUUGUGGUGCAAUGGUAAUGUCCCCACCUCCGAACCAGGAGGUCCAGACUGAAGUCCCAUCUGUUCUGAAAGUGCGCAACAACAGAAGGUUCCUGUCAGAAGUUUCGGAGAGUAGAGAAAGUGCAGGGAUGCAAUAAAUACAGGAUCGAGAAAACAAAGAGAUGGCGUGCCAACAAAUUGAUGAGAUGUCACGGAGAUUGGCCAGUAUUCCAGGAGGAUAGUACUCCAGCAUCCGAUUGCUCCCUCAUGGUUCCCCUGAGGAAAAGAAUUCUUUGGCAAAUGCAACAGGACGAGAUCAUGGAGUGACGCCUCCCCUGGACGAGUAUCACUGACACUGAAAGGAAGGACCGGAGGGGCAGCUGAGUGUGGAAGAAGAGGCGUUAGAUUCAGUUUGAGGGAAAUGAGUUGGAAAAUCAUGGACCCAGAACUGUACUCAUUGCAGUGACCUUGCAGGGGAUUGCUCACUGUCUGUGCAGUCACGGUGCUCAUACCAACCAUUCAGAAGACCAAUCAGCCCAUUGGAGCCUGCUUUGUCAUUCAAGAGGAUCAUGGGUUGUGUCCUGGACAUCCCACGUAGAUGCGACAUACUAGAAUGCACAACAAUGCUUCUUCUUCCUCAGGCGGUAAGGACCCUUACCACCAUAUAAAGCAUACUGUACCUGGUACGGGAACUGCUCUGCCCAGGACCGUAAGAAACUACAGAAGGUGGUGUGCACAGCCCAGAGCAUCACAGAAGUCAACCUUCUAUCCGUGGACUCCAUUUUACACAGCUCACUGCUGGGGAAGGGCAGCCAACAUCAUCAAAGAGCCAUCACACCGUCGGAAUGAUCUCCUCCAGCCUUCUCUGUCAGGCAGAAGAGAAAAAAAAGAAAGGCAAGAAGUUAUUCGGAAAUGUCGAGUCACCUCCCUGUGCCCCCUACGCCUACAAUGAGUGAUUUGAAGCUUUGAAAAGGGGGCGUGAGGGAGGUGAAGAGGAGGGAAAAACUGAGAUGUGCUGGGCACCAGAAAGGACUUUGGAGAAAAGAGGAAACACAAACCAAACUCUCCAGAAACCUCUCAACUGUCCACCACCAGCGGUCGGGUGCGGGAUUCAGAGGGCGCUAUUGAACGCACUGAAUCGGGAGAUAAAGUGAGAACCACAUGCCCCAGAGGGACUCCCUGGUAGAAGAGCGAGAGAUUCAAGGACAGACUGAAGAUGGAAUAAAGACCAAAUGUCAGGGGCAGAAGAGGACUGAGCAUUCUCACAGACCAGCCUCCCCAAACUGGUACUGCUCAGCCCCUCUCUGGCACUGGCGGAUUCACAUCGGGAGGGAAGCCUAACUUCACAGGGUGACCAGGAGGAGGUGCUCUGUGAAGGGACAAGUGAGUGUGAAUGCCGUGCAAAAGGGUGAGGGAACCCUGACAGAGUCGGUCACCAGCGUGAACUCUGGCUGAGCAAAACAAAGACCGGCUCAAAUCACUGAAACAUUCCGGCUUUGUUUUGUUUAUUAGAAGACACAAAGGCUGGGUAACUGCGAGGGGGGAGAAAGACUUUGAGCGGAGUGAAUACACGCCCCAGCCUCACAGACUUCACUUUGUGGGAAAGAAAUAUUCAAGAUUCUGAGGAAGGGCCACGGGAGAUGAAGCGUUAACCUCUCUCCACGGAUGCUGCUGAGCUUUUCCAGCAAUUUCUGUUCGUUUUGUUUCUGAUUUCCAGCGGUUCUUUCGAACAUUGAAGAUUUGUCCAUCUGUGUGUGUGUGUGUGUGUGUGUAUGUGUUUUAUUCUAAAGCAAGGGAUUGUGUUGUUGAUAAGUGAAGCAUUUAAUUUGUUUUUUUUUGUUUCUCUCUCUUGAGGGGCUGUUGGUUUCUUUUGCAAACCACGGAGUGACCGACAGCUGGGGGAAAGGGUGGGUGGUGAGCGGAGUAUAAGAUGGGGCCCGUCACCCUAGAGAUUGUGGCGCUGUUUCUCUCCGUAAACGGCUUGCUGUGUGUCAUCCUGACCAGCUCGCUGCCCCUUUGGAAGGUGCCCGCUUUCCAAGGUGCAAACCUGGUGACAGCCCAGCAGACCUGGGAAGGGCUAUGGAUGGAUUGUGUCUGGCAGGAUACCGGGGAGAUGGUCUGCAACACCUUCGAUUCCAUGCUAAUCCUGGGUCAGGAGUUACAGGUAGCCAGGGCUCUGAGCACCACAGCCGGCGUGCUGGGGGCACUGGGCAUCCUGACUAGCAUUGCGGGCGCCAGCUGGACCCGCUUGGUCCAGGGAGAGCCCUGCAAAGCCCGGCUCCUGUGUGCCGCCGCCUGCUCGCUCCUGCUCACCGGCAUCUUGCAGCUGAUCCCGGUGGCUUGGACGGCCAAUGGGAUCGUCAGAGACUUCCACAGCCAGUCCGUCCCGGAGGGGGUCAAGAGGGAGCUGGGGCCGUCUCUGUACAUUGGCAUGGGAGCUACCGCCCUGUUCACUGCUGCCAGUGGGCUGCUCUGGUUCUCCUGUUACAGAUUCAGGGCCCGGGCAGGCCCUCGGACAGACUACAGUCCCGGCCAGACAAGCUACAGCGAGAGCCACCACGUGUAAGGGGGCGGAGGGACCCUCUCUCCCCAGCGGGAGGGACCAAAAACACGAAGGGGCCUUCUUUGUAACACAGUCCUGUGGCUCACCUCUCAGUCACAUAUACCUGAGUUUUAAAGCCUUGGAAACUGGUAUGGCUUUCCGAAUAUCCAACUCAUGCAGCUUGGAGACUACAGACAGCUGAAAUAACUUGUAUAAAAAUAAAUGACACUUUAUUUUAA